GCACGCGUACAUCAUAGCCGUGUGCUCUUUCCGGUGGCGUAGCAGCAGCGGUUAUUAAUAUUUAUGGUCAUCGACUCGAUCUAACAUAAUAUUUAUAGUUAACCUCUGCUACCGAUCUAAAUCUCAAUUUACAGUUCUACGAGAUUUGAUCGUCGCGCGUCUGGUCCACGGAGCUCGUAAAAUCGUUUUAUUUUUUCGAUCCAAACACAUCCACGUUAUCGGUGUUGUGUCGAGGAUACGCGUGGUCGGACGCUGCAACUUCAACUACUACUGUCACUACUACUGCUACUACUUUUUAGUGAGCUUCUUUAAUUUUUAUUCCAAUGGAUCAAAAUCUGCAACAAAAAUUGCAAGUGAACGGCGACAUUGCGAAAGGCCUGGAAGAAAUCACGAUCUCUGAGUCCGCCGAAAACAAUGGUGUUGACGGUGUUACUGAGCAGCGUCCAUACGUCAUACCUUCGCCAUCGUACCUAGCAUCGACCCCGUCGCAUUCAUAUCUUGGAUCUACGCCUCCACAAUCCUUUCGCAGACGAUGCGAUUCGAUGACCGCCAACGAGGAUGGCGACCAGAAUGAGUCCAAAGUUUUAGUUAUCUACACGGGUGGCACCAUCGGCAUGAUCCGAAAUGAUGAUAACAUGUUGGUUCCCACGCCUAGUAAUGGAAACUCCACCGAUUUUCUAAUGGAACACAAGAUGCGCCAAGACCCCCGGUUGUAUGACGCAAAGUAUGCACAACAUAAGUAUGGGGCGGCCAUGAACUGCAGCCCACUAGUUUUACCCCUCGUCAAGGGAUUCCGAAGGAUUGUUUACUCGGUGUACCAGUACCCGGAACUAUUAGACUCAAGCAACAUGUGCAUGCGUGAUUGGCGAUGCAUAGCUGAAGACAUAUGGCAAGCGUACGAACUGUACGACGGAUUCGUCGUGUUGCACGGCACAGACACUCUAGCAUACACUGCAUCCGCACUGUCAUUCAUGUUUGAAAACCUCGGAAAGACUAUAAUCAUUACGGGUGCACAGCUGCCAGUAUUUGACUUGCGGAGCGACGGAAGCGACAACUUCGUUACCAGUUUGCUGAUGGCUGGUAACUAUUGCAUCCCUGAGGUGACGAUUCUUUUCCAUAACAAAUUAUUGCGAGGGAACCGUACUGUCAAAGUCGACUGCGAGAGCUUCGCUGCAUUCGACUCGCCAAAUUUGGCACCACUGGCCGUCAUUGGAAUCGACAUAAAUGUGUCGUUUAGACAGAUUUUCCGACCGAGGUCCAUUGAAAAGUUCGCAGUUCACCUACAACUUGAUGAGAAUGUCAGCUUGCUGCGUAUUUUCCCCAACAUUACAGCUGAUACGGUCAGGACGUUCCUGCAGCCGCCUAUCCGAGGGGUGGUACUUCAAACAUAUGGGGCUGGAAAUUUACCCGGGAACCGUUCCGAUAUCAUGGCUGAGCUGAAGGCAGCCACUGAUAGAGGCGUCAUCGUAUUUAACUGUAGUCAAUGUUUCAAAGGAUCAGUGACAGCCGUAUACCAAACGGGGCAUGUUCUGAAUCAAGUCGGUGUUAUAUCGGGCAACGACAUUACACCCGAGGCGGCACUCGCAAAACUUUCGUACGUAUUAUCCAAAGACGACUGGGAUCUUAGCACCAAGCGAAUGAUGCUUGGUGCGAACUUGAGGGGUGAAAUGAGCGGUGGUCCACCAAAACCACCUCGAAAGAAUCGCGCUGCAGAUGAAUGGGAUCUAGUAGAUGCAGUAGCCCGCACGCUGUUACACGUGAACGGUUCACAAGAGUUGACAGCACUCGGGGGCGUCCUGUUUCCCGCUAUGCUGGGAAACGCCGUCGCUCGUUCCGACUUGAAAAAACUGGACGAGCUCAAGGGCUUCGGAGCUGACUUUUCUGCACAAAAUGCUGACGGCCGUACAGCCUUGCAUCUAGCAUGCGCCUUAGGCGACGCUCGCAUCGUUCGGUAUCUGCUGUUGAACGGAGCUAGUGUACAUAUCAAAGACCAAUUUGACAGGACGCCUUUGAUUGACGCCGUCGAAAACGACCGAAAAGACGUGGUGGCACUAUUACGAAGGUGCGGAGCCCAUCUCAACUCACCCGCUAAGCACGUCGGCCAACAGCUAUGCAAUGCCGCAGCCAAGGGAAAUUUGGAGAGAUUGAAAUCUUAUGCAGCCGCUGGAGCCGACCCAUCUUCUGCUAAGGACAUGUAUGGCAGAACGCCACUGCACGCAGCCGCGCUCACAGACCAAACCGAAGUGGUUGACUACUUGCUGUCGUUACACACAGCUGUCUUAGCACUUGGACAUAUCGAAGCCGGUCCCCCGGCCGAUCUGCUGGGAGCUACUCCAAUAGACGUGGCCCGAGCAGCCGGUCACGCGAUUCUUGCCGAAAAGCUUGUGCAGUAUUUUAACAACUGCAACGUACGCGGAAAAAAGCACUCGCAGAUGCAGUGGAAUGGUGGAGUGGAGAUAAAAGAAAAGGCGUAGCGUGAUUCCUAUACUGCUACAUCGUUGUAAUUCACCUGUAUGAUUAUUAUAAUUUUUAUCUUCGUCAUCAUUAUUAUUAUAAUUAUUAAAUAUUACUCCUAUAACUUUAUAAUUAUUAUUAUUUUGUAAAAUCAUGUCGUAAAACAAAGCGUUACUAUGUGUACGUUACUUAAUAAUGUUCUCUGUAUCAGACAAACAUUAUAUUAUUAUCUUUGACCAUCGCAUAAUGGCACCCAUAGAAGUUAAGUCUCGGCGAUGGACUUUAUUUUGUCCCCUCGCACCAUUGUUCUUUCACUUUCUUUCCUCCUCUCAUUUAUUCUACGACCUUAUUUUAGUUUCAUAUUUCUCGGACCUUUGAGUCAAUGUUUGUACCGAUUUAAUUAAUAAUUACCGAUGUAAUAUAAAAACAAAUCUAUAUAAUUUGAUAUAAAAUGUUAGAUUUUUUUGAAUAAAAAAUUAUUUGUUUUUA